AUGGAAAUAGCGGCGAUUCACUUCAUCGUCCUGAUGGCCAUGUCAGGUUUGACCAAAGGAGCUGGUGUGCUGCCAGAUGGUCCUCUGAACGCAGCUGUGGGAGAGACACAUGCUCCCAACAACACUGAUCUGAAGAACGUGAGCGGGAUCUUCGUAUCUGAUGGAUCUCUGGAGCUCAGGAACGUGACUUCUAAUGACAGUGGACAGUACAGCGUUAUCAUUGUUCGAGAUGGAGGAAAGAUAGCGGUAGGGGUCACAGAACUGGACGUUAAUGAGAGAAUAUCAGGUGCUUCUGUCAUAUCAGAAACAAACCUGUCGAUUGAGGGGAACUCUUUCAACUUGUCAUGUGACGCUGAUGGCUCGAUGAUCUCCAGAGAGUGGAAGAAGGACGGCGUGAAGCUCACUCCAGAUGACCACCUGUCACUUCAGGAGAACAACAGAGUGCUGACUUUCAACAGUCUCAGUAGAAACGACACCGGAGUUUAUUUGUGUAACGUCACCAACCCUGUGAGCCAAGAAGAAGCUGAAUACAAGAUGGUUGUUUACUAUGGUCCAGAAAAUGUUCAAAUCAAAGGUCCAAGUGACAUUGAUUUGAAAACGACAUUAACAUUAACUUGCUCUGCUGAGUCCGUACCUGCUAGUUACACCUGGAUGCUGAACUCGACAGAGAUACACAAUUCUGCCGUUUACACUAAAGACAACACUGAAUCUUCUGAUAAUGGCAUCUACACCUGCGAAGUGAUGAAUAAUGUAACUGGGAGAACAUCGUCAGCGCUCCAUGGAUUGUCUGUCACCGGGCCGCCUGGUCUGUCAGACGGCUCUGCAGAUCUUUCAGUUGGGGCCAUUUCUGGAAUAGUUAUCCUUUGUUUAGCAGCUUCUUCUGCAGGAGCGGGUGGUGGCUACUAUAUUUAUAAGAAAAAGAUCAACAAGAACGCUACGCCCCGUCCGGAAAGUAAAGAACUAGAAGUAUCUGCAGACGAGAACACAUUCAACAUAUAUGAAAACUGAAGAAAAAAACAUUGUCUAUACCUUAAAAAGGCUACUUGAAAGACAAAGAGCUCCACAACAAGACGACAAAUUU